AUAGAACAAAAAAAAAAAAAAAAAAAAAUUAAUAACCUUUCAUUUCUUCAUGGAUCGGAGUUUGGUAACACCACUUACUGCCGUUAAAUUGAAGUUAAUUCAAACUCGUGCUUCUUGUAAAUGUUAUUAUUAAUUAAUUAUCUUUUGGUGUUGUUAUGGUUCUUGAAGUCAAACCAUGAAGAAUCAUUAGCAACAAAUACCAAAAUUCCAAACUGUCAUGAAUGUCAAUUUAUCAUUCAAAGUUUCAAUCAAACAGGUGAUAUUGGCGAUUUGGUGAUUUCAUUGCUUUUGCAUGGCGAAUCAUUGCAAGUCAAAGGAAAAAAUUGCAAAUGAAGCUAUCAAACGCGCUUUGAGGUCUCUGCGGAAGCGUCAUUUGAACGAAGAAGGAGCUCAUGAUGCAGCUUUUGCUUCUCUUUCUAGACCUAUUGUUUCCCAGGGUUCUGAAUGGAAAGAGAAAGCAGAGAGUCUGCAAGUGGAACUUCAGCAAUGUUACAAAGCUCAAUCCCGAGUAUCUGAGCAGCUUGUUGUGGAAAUAACUGAAUCCAGAACUUUGAAAGCUUUGGUUCAAGAGAAAGAAACUGCAGUUGCUGAUUUGCAAAAAGAGUUGACUGAAGCGAGGGAUGAGUGCAUGCAAUUGAAAAAGGACUUAGAAGACAAAAUUAAAUCUCUUGAACUCAUUCUGAGUGAGAAUGCAGAACUUAAAACACAAUUGGAGCAAAUGACUAUUAGAGCCAAGAAUGCUGAAACUGAAAAUAAGACAUUGGUGGAUCGCAUGAUGUUAGAAAAAAUGAAGGAUGCGGAACAACUAAAUGAGGCAAACCAACUGUAUGAUGACAUGAUCAAGCAGCUAAAGGCCAGUGGCUUAGAAAAACUUGCAAGGCAGCAGAUAGAUGGUAUAGUUCGCAGAAGUGAAGAAGGCGCAAACAUUUUUUUAGAGUCGAACAUCCCAUCCACAUGCAAACACAGGCUCCAAGCACAUGAAGGUGGUUGUGCUUCCAUAUUGUUCCAGUGCAAUUCUAAUAAAUUGAUUACCGGGGGACAAGAUCGAACGGUUAAAGUGUGGGAUACAGAUUCAGGAUCCUUAAUUUCCAAUCUUUAUGGUUGCCUCGGCUCUGUAUUAGAUCUCACAAUCACCAAUGAUAAUAGAUCUGUCAUUGCUGCUAGCAGCUCAAACAACUUGUAUGUGUGGGAUGUCAACUCAGGUCGAGUCCAUCAUACCCUUACUGGCCACACAGAUAAAGUCUGUGCUGUUGAUGUCAGCAAGGUUUCGAGCCGUCAUGUCAUCAGCGCAGCUUAUGAUCGCACUAUAAAAGUUUGGGACUUGCUUAAAGGUUAUUGCAUUAACACAAUCAUUUUCCACAGCAACUGCAAUGCUCUUUGCUUCAGCACUGAUGGACAGACCAUAUUUUCUGGACACGUUGACGGAAAUCUUCGAUUAUGGGAUAUUAAAACCGGAAAACUACUUAGCGAGGUUGCGGCACACUCACUUGCGGUCACAUCGAUAUCACUUUCUCGAAAUGGAAAUGUUGUGUUAACGAGUGGAAGGGACAAUUCGCACAAUUUGUUUGACGUGCGAUCUCUAGAAGUUAGUGGCACGCUAAAAGCUGCCGGAAAUCGAGUGGCCUCUAAUUGGAGUCGCUCAUGUAUUAGUCCGGAUGAUAAAAAUGUUGCUGCCGGAUCAUCUGAUGGAUCGAUCUAUGUUUGGUCAGCAUCUAAAGGUGAUAUAGUCAGCACUCUAAAGGAACAUACUUCUUCUAUCUUGUGUUGUGCAUGGAGUGGGCUUGGAAGACCCUUAGCUUCAGCUGACAAGAAUGGAGUUGUUUGUAUAUGGACCUAAAGGGGUUCUGUUUUUUCGAAUAUACUAAAGCUGGUUUGGAGAAAGUAUUGUGAUACUCAUUUGCUCAGGUUCAGAUUUACUUCAGUAAGUAGUUAAACUUUUCUGAUUAUGAAGAAUCAUUACACUUUCAUUCAAAGGUAUACCAUUCAGAUUAGGAACAAUGUAGAUAUUCAUUUUUAACAGAAAACAAUUGAGCUACCCUUUAGUAAAUCAACUGUAAUGAAAAGUUUAAGCUCUCAUAAUGUAAUAAAUGUAAAAAUGGCAGAUGAUUAAUAGAUUGGAUUACGUUUUACUUUUACU